UUUUGCAUAUAUGCUCUUUAAUGUAGGUAACGAGGGACUCAACUGAUGGAAGUGCUAAACAUUAAAAACCUUUACCAAAUGGCCCCUCGAACAAUGCUUGGUCUUACAACGGCUACUUUGUAAAUGGUUAUAAGUUCCACACACAAGAAUAUGGUAAAGGACGUGCAACAAAUAACUAUGGACUAUGCGUGAGGGGGGAGAUAUAUAAUGGCGAAGAGUCAGACUACUACGGAUUAUUGGAUGAGAUCCUAGAGAUUGACUAUUAUGGCCUUGGGCGCUCGACUGUUGUGCUAUUCAAAUGCACUUGGUUUGAUAAUAUCCGCGGUGUAGUAGUUAACAAGAAUAAAUUGGUUGAUGUUAAACCUACGUCUCGUAUUCAAACUAAUGACCCUUUUUGUUUGGCAUCACAAGCGGAACAAGUAUUUUAUACACCAUAUCCUGCGGUGACAGAUGAAUUAAAAGAUCUUUGGGCGGUUGUCAAGACAAAACCAAGAGGGGUACAUGAAGUCACCGAAGCUGAAACGGAAGUUGCGCUUGAUGGAAGCACUAAAUCAAAUGGAGUCUUUCAUCUUGAUGAACGGUUUGAGUUACCGAAUGAAGUAAAUGUUAGUGAACGUUUGAGCCUAGCCUCAAAUAGAACUAACUUUGAGCAAAUAUCUUCCGAUGAGAGUGAGGGUUUUGAAGUGGAAAACCAAGAAGAUGAUACAGAUGAAGAUGAUAGAGACGAACCAGUUUAUUUUGACUACUAUGAUCCAGAUGAGGACGAAUGUUAGGAAGUUUGUUUUAUGUUAUAUGCAUGUCGGAUAAAAGCCUAGCACGUAACCUUUUUCCGGUUCGUCCUUCGUCGGGUGGUAGGCCAUCGUCUUUGCCUGACCGUAGUGGCCUUCAACGCAUCCCUCUUACAGGUGGUUCUGUACCAGGAGCCAGGUCAUCACCUUUGCCUGAUCCUAAUGGCCUUCCACGCAUCCCUCUUACAGGUGGUUCAGUACCAGGAGCCAGGUCAUCACCUUUGCCUGAUCCUAGUGGCCUUCCAUGCAUCCAUCUCACAGGUGGUUCUGUACCAGGAGCCAAGUCAUCACCUUUGCCUGAUCCUAGUGGCCUUCCACACAUCCCUCUCACAGGUGGUUCUGUACCAGGAUCCGGGUCAUCGCCUUUGCUUGAUCCUAAUGGCCUUCCACGCGGUGGUUUUGUAUCGGGAGCCAGUUAG